AUGGCGCAACAAGAGCAAGUGCCUGUAGCAAGUAAAACUGGACAAACAAUUUCCGGAGUUUUAACAACUACUCCUAAUUUGGAGGAAAAGAAAAGAUAUGACAAUGUUCAUCGAUUUAAAAAGAACAUUUUAAGUAAGCCAAGUUUCAUUGCACAGACAGAAAGUGAACAAGAUCUGUUUGCAGCCGAAGAUGAUGAGGAGGAUGUGAUUUGUCUUUACUGCAAUGAUUUAUUUAGAAAUUCUCGGUCCAGAGAGAAGGGGGGGUUCUGCAAAAGUAAAAAAGUUUAUUUGUGA